ACUUGUCUCCUGCUGAGAGGUAACUAAAGCAUCUGUCUGGUCUGAUGUAGGAUAUUUUGAUUGCAAGCAUUCAGACAAUAUGCAACUCUGCAGAUGAUCUAGACAUGCUGAUUUUAGAGUAUCUGUGAUGAGGGUAGAAGGUACAGUGUGUAGGUAUUAAUUAGUUCUGGAUUUGCUGAAACUCAAUAAAAACCUUUUAUUGAUCCUUUUAUUGAUAUCAGCUGUGUGGUGACUCCAGCAGACUCCAGCAGAAAAUACCUUGUGAGUUUACUUGAGCUGCCACACAGCUGCCACAGUUACAGAAAGCAAAGAGGCAGCUGGUAUGGCUAACAUGCCAUAACUUGUACCCAGCAACGACUUGAGUCUGUUUCUUACCCUCCUGGAAUGAUACACAGGUUCAUCGCAUGUAAGGAAAGAAAGAGGCGAGGGCUCUGUAACGAUGCCUGGAUUCAUGGGACAAGUACAUUCUCAGCUGUUAGUAACUCUUGACAGCCUUAUUCCAUAUUCCAUUUAGUUAAAUUUACAUAUAGUGUUAUUUCUUGUUAAUACAACUUGCAAAUGUUAGGAUUGACUUACUUUAUUUAGAGCUAAAGCCAGUUCCUGUGUUAUUUGUGGGAACUGGAAGCAUCUACCAUUUCUUCAUGCUGUGAUGCUCUUUGAGUAUGUCUGUAGCAUGCAUCAAUCUGAUAGCAGAAUUACUCGGAUCCUUCUGAUGAUUUCUCUAGCUUCCAAAUUUAUUGAGAAAUGCAUGUAAUAAAAAAGGGUUGUGAAACCUUUAUUUGUUUAAAUGUCAGUGCUAAUUUAUCAGAACAUACAGAAAUGGGUGUUACGUGUAACUGUAGACAAUUAUGCUGCCUUUAAAUGUGCCUGAUCUGUCAUAAAAUAAUUUCUCUGUGGUUCCAAAGAAAUCUGGUAAUGUCAUAAGAGAUUUCACCAAUUUAGAGCUUACAAGAGAACUUAUCAACUCUCAGACUGGUUCCUGGAAGAGUCUUCCAAAUUCUCAAGUUUGUCUUUUUGAGGAGGUUUGGCUUCUUUUUUCUUUUCUUUUUACAGUGUGAUGAUACAUUUUACAUUAUUUUUAUUAGAGAAAAAAAUAAAAGCAAUGGUAUUCAUGUAAAAUUAACCUGAACAGGACAGACCCUGAAGAGAAGCAUACUUUCAGCAUUCCUUUCUAUUGAAUUUUUAGCUAUAAAUCAAGUGUGGUGAAGCAAUGGGGAGAAGGACCUUAUUUCCUGGGCUUGGAAACAUGAUCAAUAAUAUUAGAAAGAUAUAUGUAAUUGUUCAACUUACAUAUUAGUUUAUGUAGGAACCUCAAGAGAAGCCUUACCUUCGACAUGUAGAUGCAUUUGUUAAACACUGUCUGCCUAUUAAUGCUCAUCAGUGGAGUCUGAAAUACUGGGAGGAUGAUAUUAUCAGAACCUAGUGGUCCUGUGAGCCAGACAGGCUUCAGAGGUGUUAAUGAGUCCAUUUACCCUUUGCAGGGAGUUGAAGCUUGAUUAGAUCUCUUUUGUGUCUUAUUUCGACUGCAUUUCAUAUUGACAUCCUUGUAAGACUAAACAAUAAUAUGUCAUUCUUCGUUGCUUGUGGUACAUCCAGCAGACAAAACUCAGUUUUUCAUCUUUGCUCCUAUCUAGACCCACCAGGCCUUGUACAUUUUGUGUGAAGUUCAUUCGGUUGGCGCCUGCAGCUCAGUAACAUCCAUCACGCAGCAGCACAGCCUCUGUCUUGCUCAGUGAUCCCAGGUGCCGAAUGCAAGAGAGAGAGAUAAGCCACUGUUAUUAUUUCUUUUCCACACUCCCUCCUCCACUAAGUGAUGUGCAUGUAGGUACAACCCCCAUCGCAUGUGAUACAGCUUACAGAGUUUCAGCUAUUGGGUCAGAAAUAUGUUGAGAGUUGUGUCUACUGCAUUUGUACAGUUAUGUUACAUUUCCUUCUCCACUUGUCACGUAGCAGUUCCUCUCUCUCACCAAAAGUGUUUUUAACAUAAAUACUGGCUUACUUCUGUUAAUAAGUUCUAUUUUUAUGCUCUGUUUUGCAUAUUUGUUUUCAAGCUAACAUUAGCAUUUGUACGUGUCCUGACUCAUUCAACACAACGUGGCCACUGUCAGACUGGGAGAAAUCCAAGCCAGGACAUGCAAAGUGUGGAGUAUUUCAGGCAGCGUGCUGUUUAUGCUGUGAAAAUCUAGGAAGAUAAAACAGCAAUCUGUGUUCAAACAGCUUUCCAGUGCCAUCACACACAUAACCUUGCCCGAGGGUGUCCUCAUGUGUGAGGAGAGAAGAGCAGAGAGAAUGGCGGAAGAAAGAGCCCAGGGAUCUGGAUCUUUGGCCCUGGCUGAUGACCUCAAGGCAAAGCCACUGUCUGAAGGGAACAGAGACUUGGACAAAGGAUCUGUGUUAAAUGAGUUCCAAAACGCUGCUGCUGAUCGGCCGUUUAACCUUGAAGCUGCAAUUAAAAGUGUUGAGAAAAUGUCCAAUGAACUGAAGAAACUAAAUGUGGAAAGCCAGCUACUGCUUUGUGACCUGAUUUUGAAUUUCAACCACUCAAUGAAGGCCAAAGAUUUAAGAGAAGCUGAAGAAAAAACUUGGAGCUUAAUAGACUGAAUAAUAACAUCUAUUUUCAUGCAUUGUCUUCUAUUCGUACUGCUUCAGUUUGAACUGUAAGAUGAUGGUAUGGUUUCCUGCAGUUAGGCUAUUUUUAUUUUAAACUGAAAAUGUGCAGUGGAAAAACGCUAUAAGUAGAUUAUUGAUUCUGAGAUUUUUUUUUUAACUGAAAUUUCCCAAAUAAAGCCCAGCAGGGCUGUUAAGAUUCACGUCAUUAACUUUUAAACAAAGACAGAUUGGAACAGUACCAAAAGAUUUUAAAUUACUUCAAGUCAAGUCACUGGUCUCUCAUCUCAGUUGUGCUCUGGAAAAUGGGAUAAGAAACAGUCAGUGAAGGAGGAACUGCAACUUGUCAUUUCAUCUGCCUUCCUCAUUCUGAAAGUGCUGCUGGGGAAGGUGGCCGAAGAGAAAUUACUUCUGGAAAACCAAAAGUACUUUCAUUCUGGUUUCUGUUGUGGCUUUCUAAUGCACUGAGCUACAAAACUAAGAAAGAGUUAGUGGCCUAAAUACUCUGUUCUGAACUCUUCUUGGUCCAAAAACUGAGUAGCCAGUAUUUUCUUGUUGUUCAUGACAGUUAAUAUUCAAUUGUACUUUACUUGUGGACGUGUUUGAAUGUUGAGGUGUGUUUUAAUUCAUAUACAAAAUCUAUUUAUCUGAAUAAGCAAAUCAAGAUUUGCUCUGCUGAAAAUAAUAUACAUUGUUAUAAUUUGU